CUUUCGCCGACUUUGCUAGGCGCGCGAGACGCGGUAAAAAAUUCUGUUUGUAUAUUUUUUAUUUAAAAAACAAAGAAACAAAAUAAUUAAAUACAUCAAUUCGAUUUAUCGUCAAUGUUAAUUAGUGUUUUUGAAAAAAGGAAAGUGGAAAUUUUAAAAGUGUGUUGUAAAACAAAAAGGUUUUCGAAUCUAUAUAUUAACGAAAAGAAAUUUUAUUAUACAAAAUAAUGAAAAAUCAUAUUGGAAAAAAAGUUAUAUGUACUUAAAUUCAAAGCAAAGAAAUACAAAUUAAAAUUAAAAAAAAAAUGAGCAAAUCGUCCCAGUGAUUCUCCACACACCCAGCCACAACAUAAGAGGGCAUACUCGCAUAUUUAACCACAUAUGUAUAUUUAUGCCCAAACAGUGGCGCUCAGUGAAUAGUGUGAAAAAAAGAAUUUUUAUUUUAUGUUCAUUCUAUACACUACCAACUAACUAAGAUACACUCAAUACGUCAGUAGCGUGGCCAUUCAUCCGUUCGGUCGUCAUCCCCAAUCACAGUACAGCGUCUGGAUUUUAUCAACGACUACCAUCUGCAAUUACAGUCAGUGAUCGCUGUCUUUCAACACAAAAGACUUUGCGCUUAAACUUUUCGUUCGUUCGUCUGUAGCCAUUGUACCAAAGAAUGACCAUUAUAAAGGAUAUGAAGCCGCUAAGCGGCUGUGGUGCAAAUGCCAGCGAUUGUUGCCCUUCCAGCUUGGCCGCAAUCAACUGUUGUUCCACUGCUGCCAGUUCAGAAAUAUCCAUCGAUGAGACAUCAUCGACCUCGUCGAAAAGAGCCAAAGACUGCUCCUCGAAUCGUGUUAAUAAUAAUUUGAUGUGUAAAUAUGAUAAUAUAGAGGGCACAUUUGCCCGUUGCCCUGAAAUCGAUAUUGAAUUUGAGGAUAUUCGUUAUGCGGUUAAGAAAUUCUCGUUUAGUGAGAGAAAAUUUGUUACAAAAGAAAUUCUACAUGGUAUAAAUGGAUCAUUUCGCUCUGGUGAAUUGACGGCCAUUAUGGGACCCUCAGGCUCGGGCAAAAGUACGUUACUGAAUGUUAUGACUGGCUUCAGAUGUUCCGGUGUGACUGGCAGUGUACGAGUCAAUGGCACAACCAUCUCAACGUCAUCACAGAAGUUUCGCGAAUUAUCAUGUUAUCUGCAUCAGGAUGAUAUGUUAAGGCCUCAGUUGACGGUGGGCGAAACUAUGAUGUUGGCCGCCCAUUUAAAAUUGGGCUUUAAGAUUUCAAAGAAAGAGAAAUUGCGUUUGGUUAAACACAUUCUUUCGCUGCUGGGCCUGGAACAUCGAUACAAUGUGGGAGCGGGAAAGUUAUCGGGUGGUCAAAAGAAACGUCUGGCCAUUGCUUUGGAGUUGAUUAGUAAUCCUUCGGUGUUAUACUUGGAUGAACCAACAACUGGUUUGGACAGUUCUUCCUGUAGUCAAUGCAUAGCUUUAUUGAAAAAAUUGGCCGCUCUAGGCCAUACAAUAGUGUGUACCAUUCAUCAACCCUCUGCCCUGAUAUUUGAAAUGUUUGACAAAUUAUACACUGUGGUAGAGGGUCAUUGCAUAUACCAAGGACCCAUCAAGGAAUUGAUACCAUUUUUGGCCGAUCAAAAUCUUUUGUGUCCCAGUUAUCAUAAUCCAGCAGAUUUUUUGCUGGAAGUUGCUGUUGGCGAACACGAACGUGACUUGGAUAAACUCAUCAAUGCGGCCAACAAGAAAUACUACGAAGAUAGUGAUUUAAAUCAACUAAAUCGUGUUACACGACUCAUAACCAAAAUGCAAGUUGAAAAUGUUGACUUGGCAAAUUGUCAUCUCACAGCCACCACGAAUGGCAGAAAGUUGUCGAAAACCUUUAAUACCGAAGUAGUCAGUGCACAGAAGUCCACAUUUCCAAGUCUCGAUUAUGCAAAACCUGCCAUGGAUGAGUUGGCCUUAGAGGAAUUGAAGGCCCUUAAGAGCAACACACCAGUGGACACAAGUGUGGAUAUGACUCAUGGUCAUGUCGCUGAUCAUGAUGUGGAUGUGGAUGAUGAUGAUGAUGUUGAUAGUGGCCAACAGCUAAGCAAAGAUGACUUAACUUUCGACACAGAAAAAUUUAGUAAAGCCUCGUUUUUGAUGCAAUAUCUGCUGCUGUUAAAUCGCAUUUUUCUAUGUUCGAGGCGUAAUAGCUUUCUGCUGCUGGCUCGCUUGUCUUCACAUUUGGCGAUUGGCGUUAUAUUUGGCUAUUUGUACAUCGGCGUUGGCAAUAAGGCCAACACAGUAUUGGGUAACUACGUCUAUCUCUAUGGCUCAAUUCUGCUUCUGGUCUAUACGGGCAAAAUGGCUGUGGUUCUAACAUUUCCCUUGGAAAUUGGCAUGCUAUCGCGUGAACAUUUCAAUCGUUGGUAUAACCUGGGGCCCUACUUUCUGUCGCUGCUGUCAUUUGAGGUUCCUUUCCAGUGUAUUUGUACAGCUCUUUACUUGGGUAUAAGCAUAUGGAUGACAGAUAAUGAGGAGAGUGAUAAUUUCCGUGUCAUGUAUUUCAUGCUAUUUGGCAUUCUCGUAACAUUGAGUGCUCAGGCAUGGGGAUUCUUUGUAGGAGCCACUCUACCCAUAAAGCUUGCUGUCUUCCUGGGUCCUAUAUUGGCUGUCUUAUUCUCCGUCUUUGGUUUCUGCACCCGCUAUAUAGACAUAACACCGCUCUUCCGUUGGAUGUGGCAUAUCAGCUAUUUUAGAGCUGGUUUUCAUGGUGCCGUCAAUGCCAUCUAUGGCAUGAAUCGUUCGGCUCUGCCAUGUCCGGAAAAUCUAAUCUAUUGCCAUUUUCGUAAUCCCAAAGUAUUUCUGGAAUUUAUUAUGGUCACCGACGUGAGUGUAAUGGAUUGUGUGCUGCUGAUGGUGGGUGUGAUUGGCAUUAUGCAUCUGCUGACAGUCAUCAUAUUGUGGCACAAAUUGAAUAAACGUUAGGAGGAGACAGAGACAGUUAGCCGUUUAGUUAAAGCUUUAAAGAAAUAUUUUAGUAAUUAAUUUAUAAUCAUGGAAGUCAUACGAAAAAAACCAGCCCAACACAUUAACUCAUUUUUAGAAGAAAAAAACAUCAUUUUAAACCAUUCCAAAUUCAGUGUUAAUUGUUAGUAAAUAAGGGGUAGAGAAUUAAUGCCAAAAAUGCUUGAAAAGAUAAUUCACUCAACAUAUCUGUACUUUAAAAAUAUAUAUAAAUAGAAAUUUUAUUUCUUUUUUUGCGUUAAAAUUUUAUAUAUGUAUAUGGUGACUGCUGUUAAAUCUAAAUACCCCUAUUUCAAACUUUCUUGAUACUGAAUAUUCAUACUCAACCAUUACUUGCAUAAUAAGCUUUAGGGAAUAUUUCUUAUGUUUUCUAUUCUCCUUUUUUAUGUUGUACAUGUUUUUUUGUUUAUAAGUUUGGUAUGCCAAAAAUUAGUUUUUAGUUAAGUAUUUUAGAUGAUCUUUCAAAUCUCGAUAUUGUCAUUUAGGGAACUUCACACAACGUAAAUUCUUGCCAAAACAAUGAUAAAUUUCUUUCGCAGUAUAGGUUAUUAUUCGAAUAUUUUAUUUUUGUGGCAGAUUUCCUCAUAUCUCCAUUAUAUGUUCAUUACUGUUUUGCUAAGAUAACUUUUAUUUAGUUUUUAGUUAUUAUUAUUUUUUUUACAAUUAUUUAUGGUCGCAAAAUGUGUUAUUUGAUUAGUGUUU